AUGCUUCCACCUAUGACAGAGACUCCCGACGACGUUCUGCAACAAGUAGUAGAGCACCAGAAAAGGGCGCCUCAGAUCCAUGAUGUCCUUGAUGCGAGUCUCAAGACAUUUCUACUCCUCGAGCCAUGGCUGGCGGCUAGUUCCGAGCACCAAAAGGUGAAAGAGCUAUUGCCUAGGAUCCGCAAUCAGGUCGUGAAGCACUGCGAGACACUGGAUGUUUCGCUCAUAGCCGCCGAGAGCGGCUGGCACAUGGCGGAUAAUGCAAUAACAGUCUUUGGUGAACUCUCGAGUCGCACGGCUUCAGCCGACGAUAUUCGAGUCAAUCGCAUUGAUUUCAGAGAGAUCAGGCCAAACCGGCGAGUCUCGCUGCAGUCUGCAAAGAAGGAAUUGGAAGAUACAAGAAACAGAGUAGAGGAAGAAAAGAAGGAACACAUAAGGAACAUAACUCAAACCCAGACCCAUCAUCAUGGUGUCUCAGGUAUGGUCGAGGGCAUAGUAAGAAAGAUUAAGGGUCGGCCGAAGAAUACCUCUUACAUCCUCGUCUCCCUUCCUAUACUGCUUCCAAUCAUGGCAGGGCGCAUUGAUUGGGACGAGCGGAUCAAGCAUAUGAGAGAACGUGAUCACAAAUAUUAUACCUGUGAACAGGCAAUCAACCAGCUAGAAGCUGGAAUUACUCAUAUACAAUUGCUCGAGCACUAUAUUGAUGGGCUUGCGAGAUACUGGGCUGCACUCGACAUGACGAUGAAAGCAAUAUCUGUUCGUCUGGAAUCACUACAAAAGAACCCUAAAUCUCGCAUGGCGUUCAGCGAUCUGCGCAAAAAGUACGAAGGUAUUAAAAAGGAUUUCUUCGAUUAUAUGACUGGAAUUCAGAAGGUUCAGGAUUAUGUCAAAGCUCAGUUGAAGUGA